GCUCGAUUGAUCUGUCGGGCGGGGUGUGAAACGUUCCUCAGGCGGGGCCUAGCCUGUGGACUGGCGGAGGGAGCACCACUGCAUGGGGGCAAAGACGGAGCCUGGUAGGCGAUCAGUAGCUUCUCGUAGCCUGGUUUGGGAAAGGUUGUUCCUUAUCGGACCAAUGGAAGUGAAUGCCUGGACGGCUGGCUCCAAUGGCCCUACCGAGAUGUGCGGGGUGAUUCCCAAGAUUAACGGUGGGCACACGAGCGGCAAGUCGGGAUGGGGUAUUCUGGGCAAGAAGGUGAGGGCGACCCCCCACUGGAGUCUGGGUACCGCGCUCGCGACGGUUGAGCUGUGCUUGAGGCAGGGAGCGAUGGUCCGGGAACUCGAGCUAUGGGACUGCACGUGGGAACCGAAGCGAGUCAGGAGGGGAGAAGAGAUGUCUAUACCACCGAGUUAUGAAUGGAAGGGGACCACAUGUGACUGGCGGGGGCAUGGAAUUGUGCCAGAAUUGUCGUACCUAUGGAUAGAACGUGCUUGGAACCCGCUGAGGGAGGAGGAAGGAUGGGAGGAGAUUGCGGAAGGUAAGGUAGAGUCGGUUGGGACGGUCGUUCUCUCAGAGCAAGGUUGGCAUCUGUUCUACACGACGCUCGCGGCAGGACAGAACCCGAUGUGGCUCCUAGGGGACGCUGAGGCAAGGGCUCGGCAGGCAGGGGAGAAGUUCGCCAACCAGGGCUGGGAUACGGUCAGCAGUAGAGUCGUAAUGGGAGGGUGGAAGGAAUUUAAACCACCUGGCACCCGGACCAAGACCUGGGUACCCGAGUUUGUGGCAGACUGGUUUGGGGGCUUUGAUCACGUAACGGAGGUAGCCGAUACGAUGGAACGAAUACACGUGGACUGCGCAUGGCUGGCAGAGGAAUUUUACAGGACGUCCUUGAAAUUCGGGCCCUUCCACGGCGAUAGAGCCCGGGAGGUCCUUAUCAUUUUGGACAUCGAAAGGAAUGACCGGCAGAAGGUGGCCCCGGAAACUAGGGAGGCCAUAAUUCGCCGUGAGGUAGCAGCAACACCGUGCUAUGUGGAUGACAUGUUCAAACUGUUCGAGGAGACCGAAGGCGAGUGUGCGAUGGUGCGAAGAAGGACGUUCCUUGAAGAACGGCCCUUGGGCAUUGGACCGCCUAGGGAAGUACCGGGGGGGAUAGAGGUUAGCUUGCCAGCAGCAAGUGAAGGUUGGCACCCGGUGGCAGAUUGGGUCGGGGUCGAGCUCGCGGAAAAUAUGGUUUAUCUGGUGACGAAAGUUGAAUGGCGUGCGGAUGAGAAUGGGGAAUGGAACCCGGACCCGCGAGGGCAUGUGCGUGCAGAGGGACGACUGUAUGUGUCGGAGGAUGGAUGGAAGGAGUUCGGAGUCCGGCUGGCAUCAGGAAGAGAACCGUUGAGCAUGUUUGAAGGGGCAUGGCAGUUAGUAUGGCAAGCGGGAUUUGAGUUCGCGGAUCCGGGGUUUGACGAUGUAACAGCGGACCUUAGGGUAGCCAUGGUCGGGAAUUUUGAGUUGCCUAGCGAAAAUGUAAGAGUCAGGAUGUUGCCUUUCUUGCUGGAGAAGUGGGGCGGUCUGGAACUUGCUAGGCAGGUAGUAGCCGACCUUGCAAACUUGACAUACGAAGAUGCGAUGGUAUAUCGGGAGUACUACCGGGCCUUCUUAGAAAUGGGGCCGUUUAGCGGUGAACAGAAGUAUGAGGUAUUGCGUAUCCUGCGCGUUGUGUUUGGCACUAGGUCGAGGGCCCCGGUCGUGGGUUGUGAAGUCCUGUGGGGUGUCGUCCGGCAGGAAAUAAAUCAAGGGAUGGCGUACGUAGAUGAUCUGUACCGAUUGUAUGAGCCGACGGAGGUAGAAACAGAGUUUAAGGCAAGGCUUAUCGAGCAGAUGAUGGUCGGGAAUGAGGGGGACCCCCAAGGCGCAGGGUCGCGAGAGGGGCGAAGGACUAGUCAGGACGAGGCCAGGUCCCUCAAAGGCGAGAUCCUCGGACCCCGGGGGAAGCGUGUAAAUUGGAACUCGCCAGGGGGGAUGCGGCGAGCCGUCAUUCUCCUAAACAACUUAGAGAUAGCUGCCGUAGAAGCGGAGCCGAUAGCCGAGAUUGUCUGGGAUCAACCAAGGGGACGGGGACCACAGGCCAAUUUUAUCUUAGAAGGCAAUAACCAGGAUAGGGUAAACAUCACCACUAGUCAGGCCGGCGCAGAAAAGAAGCUUAUUCAGGAUACGGUAAUGGAAGAACUUGCAGGGACUAGCGCAGGCCAGCAAGAGGCCGAAGCCGGGGAACAAGAGAAGGUUUAUGGGAAGGUGAUCCCUAUGGGCUUCACAAAUACGGUAGCAGAGGCUCAAAGGAGGAUGCUCGCCGUCGCAGGGGAUAUGUUUCCGGAAAAGUGUGAACCUUACAUAGAUGAUAAUCCCGUGAAAGGCACAAGAUACAAGGAUGAGACAGAGGUACAACCAGGAGUGCGGAAGUUCGUUUGGGACCACUUGCAGGAUAUUAAGGACCUACUCCAGCGAUUCCUAGUUUACAACAUUACUGCAAGCGGACCCAAAAGCAUCCUGGCCGUCCCGGAAGUAAUCAUACUGGGAUUUCGUUGUGGAGCUUGCGGGAGGAGACCCGAUCCAGCAAAGACUGAUAAGAUCUCCCAGUGGCCGACACCCCUGCGCACCACGACGGAAGUACGAGCCUUCCUAGGGGUGGUGGGGUUCUGGAGGAUCGUCAUCAAAGGAUUCGCAAAGAUAGCAGAGCCUAUCCGCGCCAUGAUUAGGGAAGGUGGCACUAUGGAUUGGACCGAGGAUAGGGAAGCGGCAGCCCAAACUCUGAAAGACAUCCUGUCGUCCGAUCAGGUCACUCUAGCAGCACCCUGUUUCAAUGACGAGGUAGGACGGCCCUUCAUCCUAGAAACAGACAGGGGACCGCUGGCAGUUGGAGGAGUAUUGAUACAGAGAAGUGAGGAGGGCAAAGAAAGACCAAUCAGAUUUGAAAGCAGAACCCUGAAUUCGGCAGAACGGCGGUACUCGCAGUUCAAGAAGGAGGUCUUAGCGAUCUUACAUUGCCUUAAGACCUUCCAGGCAUACCUGUUUGGGAGGCGAUUUAUCCUAAGGAUCGAUCCCACCAACGUUGUCGGGGCCCUAAAGAACUACAAGCCUGUAGAUCCGACCGUUGGCAGAUGGAUAGGCUUCACAUGGCAAUUCGACUAUAAGGUCGAGCGAAUUGCAGGGCUUCGAAAUAGGGCAGAUGGCCUGAGUAGGGUAUGUACCACGCCAGAAGGAGUAGAGGACGCGAAACCAAUUGACUCCUUCCUGGAAUACGAAGGAGGGACCCUUGUUGCGGAUAAUGAGAUGGCAGACCCAGCGAUUACAACAGGUCAGUUGCUGAUUCAGACCUUGGAAAAGGGUGCACCUGCAAUAGUUGCAGAACUCAGGGAAGGACCAGUGACCACGGUCAGGCGUAAAGAGGAAAAGGACUCGUGGGGAGCAGAGGUAGGGGCCAGAGAGGAGCUGAUGGCAAUGGUCGGAGAGGGGGGACGGGACGCCGUGAUGACGUUGGCCGAAACCUGGAUACGGAAGGAGUGCCAGUACCUAGUCAACCAGACCCGAGAGGAGCAAGGUACCGAUCAGAGGGAACAAGAGUUCUUCCUCAUACAUAUAGAGCAGCUUGCAACUCGCGAGGACGUUGUGUCCUCUCUUCUGGACUUGCUCCAGGCUCGUCAGGAGCGACUCACCGUCCAUGGCGUUGUACUGCGUCGGCUUCUCACCGUCCUCUCUAACUCUGAUCGAACCCUCCCGAUCAUUCCAGUACAACUGGGGACCUCCACGAGGGUGUACCCGGCGCUGUGGGAUUCCGGUUCUCAAGGCGACUUCAUUUACCCACGUGUGGUGAAAGAAGCCCGCUUACCCACGACAGGGUCUCUGACUCCCAUCCCCGUCACCCUAGGAGAUGACAAGAGCCAGCGCUUCUUCGAUCAGACGGUCACCGACCUCCCUUUCUUCCUCACUCUCGAGCCGACUGAUCGUCCCCCGACGUCUCGUCGCCACCGCUCCUCUGCACAUUUCGAUGUGAUGGAGACACGGUACGAUUUCAUUCUCGGUACUCCGUGGUCUUAUCGGUUCCGCAGCCCCGAGGCCGAUUGGGCGACCAACACUCUCGUUCUUAGAACGAAGUGUGGACAGACGUAUCGCAUACCUUUUAUAGGUACCACUGCGACACCACGCCCCGAUCCUCCUCCCCCGGAGCCUUCCGUGCCCACACCAUCUCCUACUAUCACCGUCACCUCGCCUCGGCAGUUCGCCCACUUCAUUCGACAAGAGGAUGUCACCUUCUUUACGGUGAACGUUACGGAUCUCUUGCACUAUGAUCCACCCUGUCCAGAUGCCGAGCUCAUCUCGCUGGAGCCAGAUCCUCCUUCUAUCUCCAUGGCUUCCAUCUCUACUUCCCUCCUUCCACCGUCCGUCGAGUCCAACCCGUCGUCCUGCGCUGACGCUGAGGAACUCGCACGCUAUACGGCCGACCUGGAGCCCGCAGUUCGUGACCUUGUUCGAGAGUAUCACAACGUUUUCCCAUCGUCGUUCUCGUACGCCGGCAUCCCACCGAUGCGCGACGUCGAGCACUCCAUCCAGCUUGUGCCUGACUAUCGUGUUCACCACCAGGCACCCUACAGACUCUCGAUUCCCGAGGCCACUGAACUUGAGCGUCAGCUUGAGGAGCUCCUGAGACUGGGUUUCAUUAAAUCCAACAACUCCCCGUGGGUUGCAUCUGUCCUCUUUGCUCGCAAAGCGGAUGAAACUCUCCGUCUCUGCAUCGACUAUCACGGUCUCAACCGCUACACGGUUAAGAACAACUACCCCACGCCUCGUUCCGACGAGCUGUUUGACCGCCUAGCAGGCAACCGCUUCUUUACGAAGAAUGAUCCUCGUAGCGUUUACCAUCAGAUCCGUGUCGCUGCAGCGGACCAGCUGAAGAUAGCGUUCAGAUCGCACUUCGGCCACUAUGAGUUUACGGUGAUGCCAUUCGGCCUCACCAACGCACCCGCUACCUUCCAGAGGCUGAUGAACGACAUCUUCAGGGACAUCCUGGGGCAGUACGUUCUCGUCUACCUCGACGAUAUCCUGAUCUACAGUCGAACCCUUGAGGAGCAUCUUAGACACCUCCACGACAUCCUUGACCGCUUGCGCAGACAUGGCUUCUACGCCAAGCUGAGCAAGUGCCGCUUUGCCCAGCACAAAGUGGAUUUCUUAGGACACUACGUGUCUGACCAGGGUCUCCACAUGGACGACGCGAAGAUCACUGCUAUUGCGGAGUGGCCCGUCCCCACAUCCGCAAAGCAGCUUCGCAGUUUCUUCAGCCUCGCUAGUUACUAUAGUAGCUUCAUCCAGGGAUACGCUAGGUAUUCCUACGUCCUUACCUCUACCUUCCUUCAGAAGAACCAGCUAUGGGUUUGUACACCCCUCCACGAGGAUGCCUUCCGCGCCCUCAAGAAGGGGGUGAGAUGUGCACCGGUUCUCCACCUACCCGAUUUUGAUCGCCCUUUUGUCCUUACCACCGAUGCGUCAGACUUUGCUGUAGGAGCAGUGCUUUCUCUGAUUUCCCCUUCCUCUCCUGAUUCCUCUCAUCCUCGCAUCCCUCGCUUCCCACCCCCUACCCCUACCACUGCUUCCCGCCUGACGCCUACUCGUCCGGCUACUGACGAGCCUUCUAUUGAUUAUUCUCCUACCAUCGCCGAGGACGGCACUGUCGAGUCUCGCUCAGGUGAUUGUCGGAUAGCCUUCUACUCCCGUCAGCUCCUGCCCGUCGAGAUAAACUACACUGCUGAUGAACGUGAGGUUCUCACAGUAGUUUAUGCCACUCGGCACUGGCGUCACUACCUGCUCGGGGCACCAUUCACGGUGCGCACGGACAACUCUGUUGUCCAGGCUUUUCUGACAAAGCCGAAGCUGACUCCUCGACAGGCUCGCUGGUGGUGCGACCUAUCCAAGUUUCGUUUCACCACCGAGCACAUGAAGGGUGAGACCAAUCGGGUCACAAAUGCCUUAUCCCGGCGCCCUGACCAUAAUCUGAAGCAGAUCCGGCUUGCUGCCAUCUCGAUCACCACCGUCCACCACUCGGUGAUCGACGAGUUUCGCACUCGGUGCCGCCACUGCCCCGACUAUCGUGACAUCCAUGCGACCCUUCGAAUCUCGAUCCGGCCGAACGAUCGCUAUAAAUCUGCGUUCAAGACGCGGUAUGGGCAUUUUGAGUGGGUGGUCAUGCCUUUUGGCCUCACCAACGCCCCGACGACCUUUCAAGCGGCAAUGACCAACGAGUUUCGUCCGAUGUUGGACCAGUCCGUGCUGGUCUACUUAGACGACAUUCUCGUCUAUAGACGGACAUUGGAGGAUCAUCUUGAGCACCUUCGACGAGUGUUGGAGACGCUUCGCCCCACCAAGUACAAAGCCAACCGCGACAAGUGCGAAUUUGUCCGGCAAGAGCUGGAAUACUUGGGCCAUUUUGUCACACCAGAGGGCAUCAGUCCGUUGUCGGGUAAGAUUCAAGCCAUCCAAGAGUGGUCGGAGCUGCGGAACGUCACAGAUGUCCGUUCGUUCCUUGGCCUUGUCGGCUACUACCAACGUUUUAUCAAGGGAUACUCGAAGAUCGCGGCCCACUUGACCAAGCUUCAAUGCGAGGAUUGGCCGUUUGACUUGGGAGAGGAUGCGUGGGAAUCAUUUUUGGAUCUCAAAGCCGCGCUAUUAUCUGUGGAGGCCUUGCGCAUAUACGACCCGCUAUUGCCAACGAGCGUCACUACGGAUGCGUCCGGCUAUGGCAUUGGUGUCGUCCUCGAACAACACGAUGGAGUGGACUGGCACCCGGUCGAGUACUUCAGCAAGAAAGUGUCCGUCGUGCACUCCAUUGAUGAUGCACACAAGGAGCUCCUAGCCUUCGUCCACGCGCUCAAGCGGUGGCGGCAAUUCCUUCUUGGUCGAAGUCAAUUCCGAUGGGUAACAAACAACAAUCCGUUGGUCUUCUACAAGACCCAAGACACCGGCAAUAGCACCAUCGCCCGUUGGAUUUCUUCGACCAAUUCGAAUCCUUUCCCGAUCACAUUCCGGGGAAGUCUUAACCGUUUUGCGGAUGCUCUUUCACGACGUCCGGAUCAUUGUACCGCAGUCUAUUCGACCUUCGAGAUCAACGGCGACCUGCAGGACAGCUUCACCCGCGGCUACCAAGCCGACCCCGAGUUUCGCGUCAAGUACGCGAAUUGCUCCUCCCCUAAUCCGGCGCCUUCUCACUACCGGAUCCAAGAGGGGUACUUGCUUGUCCACACCCGGGGGAAGGACCCUCUUUGUGUACCGAGUGACUCUCACUUGCGUACACGGAUUCUUGGCGAGUUCCACGAUGCUCCCGCCACCGGACACUUUGGAGUCAAUCACACGAUUGGCCGACUUCGCGAGCGAUUUUGGUGGCCCGACGUUCUCGGCGACGUCACACGCUAUUGCGAGUCAUGCGAGGUUUGCCGAUGCUGCAAGUCCCGCAACUAUCUUCCGUACGGCGAGUUGCGACCAUUACCGGUCCCCUUGCGCCGAAGGGAAGUGAUUGCCAUGGACAUUACCGGGCCAUUCCCCAAGCACAAGACCGGUGUGGAUGGGAUUCUCACGGUGGUCGAACGACUCACCAAGUUCAUCAUGUUUUUGCCUUGCCGCUAUCAUGCCAAGGCACCGGAGUUGGCCGAGGUUCUUUACGCCGAUUGGAUUCGAACCAAGGGUUACCCCAAGGAAAUCGUAUGCGAUAGCGACACUCGGUUCAUGUCCGAUUUUUGGUUGGCGCUCAUCAAACGAUGGGGCUCAUCUCUCAAGCCAAGUUUGGCUCGCCACCCCCAAACCGAUGGCCGGACGGAGAGGGCGCAUCAGACCGCACAGGUUCUCCUUCGCACUCUCAUCCGUCCCGACCAAAAGGAUUGGGUUGAGCGACUGUCGGAUGUCGAGUUGGCAUACAACUUGUCCAUCCACCCGACUAUCGGGAUGUCGCCUUUCGAGUUUGAGCACGGCUCGUCAGGCACUUCUCUGUUGGACACAAUCAUUCCACGAGCGGCCGAGAGCGACAACCAUCUUCUUUUCUUGCGUCGGAUGCAAGAGCUACUUGUCAAGGCACGUGACCAGAUGGCUAAGACGCAGCAACGCAUGAGCCAACAGGCCAAUCGCCAGCGUCUUCCUUGUCCAUUCCGCGCCGGCGAUCUCCUUUGGGUUUCCGCCGCGGAAUUCAGCCUCGAACAAGAUAUCUCUUGCAAGCUCCUCCUGAAAUGGAUGGGGCCCUGGCCGAUCGUGGCACCGGCUGGGGAUGCACCCGAAGGACUUUCCUUCAUCAUUCAGGUGCCCGCCCACUUGCCCGUCUACCCGGUCUUUCAUUGCUCCAAGUUGGCUUUUUACACGCCAGCGGAACAUGACGAUUUUCCCGGGGGACGAUCGCAAGACCCACCCUCCAUGGACGGUUUUCAAGAGGUCAGCGACAUCAUCUCCCAGCGACGCUACGGCAACAGGCCGACCGAAUAUUUGGUACACUUCGCGUACUGCACCCACAAAGCCGAUCGUUGGUUGAUCCGUGCGGAACUCCAAGCAACAGCUUCAGAUGUUCUCGCACGCUACGAACGCAAGAUGCAAGGCAAGCCGGUCUGCACAAUGUUCAACAAAGUCGACCUCAAGUUUGGUUAUCAUCAGAUUGCAAUGGCAGAGGAGGAUGUCCAUAAGACAACCUUCAAAACCAGGUAUGGUAGUUAUGAAUACCUGGUCAUGCCAUUUGGACUUUGCAAUGCCCCUGGCACCUUCCAAAUAGAGAUGCACCGCAUCUUCUGGCCAUACCUGGAGAAGUUCAUGGUUGUCUACAUGGAUGAUAUCUUAGUAUUCAGCAGAACUGCUAGGGAACAUGUGGAGCAUUUGGCUCUGGUUCUUCAGGCCUUACAUGACAACCAGUACAAGAUCAACAGAGAGAAGUCCUCCUUUGGAGUUCCCUCUCUCAUCUAUCUGGGCCAUGUAAUUUCUGGAGAUGGCUCGACCCCUAAAGCAGCCAAGAUUGCUGCUAUUCAGGAUUGACCACAACCUCAGACAGUGAGGGAUGUGAGGUCCUUCAUGGGUUUGGCUUCCUACUACAGAAAGUUUGUCAGAAACUUUUCUGGAGUAGCAGCACCCCUGACUAACCUGAUAAGGAAAGACACUCCUUUUCUUUGGUCCCUUCCCUGUCAGAUGGCAUUUACACGAAUCAAGAUGGCCUUGACUC